AGAUUGGACCAAUCAUUUAAGACGACAAAUACUGAGAGGACCAAAAGCAGCACAGUAACCUAUGCUUCCGCCGAGCUACAAGCUCAUCCAUCAUCCCCAUGUGACUUCUGGAUCAAACACAAACAACUCUGGUUUCCAUGUUUGUUAAAUGCACCUUCAGUAAUUAGGGAAGAAGAAUUGGAUUUCGGAUUAAGAUAAAUUAAUAUAUCCCCACUUGUUCAUCUUCUGGUGCAAAAACGACAUGUUAAUAAACCUCUACCUUUCUUCAUUUCUUUGGAAAGCCCUCUCUCUCACCAUCUUCUUCAAACCUAGGUUGCUAUCAAUUUUUUAAUUUUAGAAGAAAUGUCAGAGCAAAAGAAACCCCCCAAAAGCAGGGUUUUCUUUGUUGGGAUGAAGCUUCUGCAUAAACCAGGAAACAAGCCUCCACAAGAUAAAAACACUUUCUUUCAUACAUAUUACAAAUGGGUUCUUUGGCUUUCUCUUUCCUUCUAUUUCUUCACUUCCUAUCUCAUCACCACCAACCCCAACACCACACCAACCUCUCCAGAUACAUCGUCCCACGCUGUCCCCCGUGCCCUUAUCGACUCCACAACCAACUCUCUAGGGAUGUUGAAGAAUCUGAAGAUGUUCGUGUACGAGCUUCCUCCGAAGUACAACACCCAUUGGCUCGCAAACAAGAGGUGUGGCAACCAUUUAUUCGCGUCGGAAGUGGCCAUCCACAGGGCACUGUUAACGAGCGAGGUUCGCACGUUUGAUCCUUAUGAAGCUGACUUUUUCUUCGUACCCGUUUACGUUUCUUGCAACUUCAGCGCCGUGAACGGCUUCCCCGCGAUUGGGCACGCGCGCUCUCUUAUUUCCUCCGCCGUCAACUUCGUGUCCACGGAAUACCCUUUCUGGAACCGCAGCAAGGGACGUGACCAUGUCUUCGUCGCUUCCCACGACUUCGGUGCGUGUUUCCACAGCCUGGAGGAUGCGGCCAUGGCUGAUGGAAUACCCCAAAUUUUGAGGAAUUCCAUUGUGUUGCAGACAUUCGGCGUUGUUCACAGGCAUCCGUGUCAAGACGUGGAGAACGUCGUGAUACCACCUUACGUUUCGCCGGAAAGUGUACGGAGCACGCUGGAGAAUUUUCCGGUUAACGGUCCGCGAGAAAUUUGGGCGUUUUUCCGUGGGAAAAUGGAAUUGCAUCCUAAAAAUAUCAGUGGACGGUUUUACAGCAAGCGAGUAAGGACGGAGAUUUGGCGGAAGUUCAACGGUGACCGGAGGUUUUACCUGCAAAGGCACAGGUUUAGCGGUUACCAGUUGGAAAUUGCUCGAUCGGUGUUCUGUUUGUGCCCGUUAGGGUGGGCUCCGUGGAGUCCGAGGUUAGUUGAAUCCGUUGCAUUGGGCUGUGUGCCGGUUAUUAUUGCGGAUGGGAUUCAGUUACCGUUUUCCUCGACCGUGCGUUGGUCGGAGAUAUCGCUGACGGUGGCGGAGAGGAACGUGGGGAAGUUAGGAAAGAUUCUUGAGCACGUGGCAGCGACAAACCUGAGUGUCAUUCAGAGGAAUUUGUGGAACCCGCGAACGAGGCGGGCCCUACUUUUCAACAAGAAGAUGGAGUACGGCGACGCCACGUGGCAAGUUCUGGUGAGUUUGAGUGAGAAGCUCCAUAGGUCUUACCGAAGGUCUUCGGGUAGUGACGAAUUAGAGAGUGACACGUGAUACUGUAUUUCCGACGUGGAUGUUGUAUUGCAUUUUUUGUGUAUAUAGAUUAUAGAUAUUGAUAGAAGUAGAUUGAAUAAAGUAUUGGUAUUGUUUGCUCUUGUGAGUUUUUGGACAUGGUUGAGUGGUGUGUGUCAGAACUUUUUACUGUUCUUAAUGAAAGAUUUGGGAAGUAGUGAAGGUGUUGAAGAAGAGAGAAUCCAAUAAUACAGCAGAGCUUCAAUUAUUUAUCGA